UAUUAAUUAAAACCCAUAAAACAAGAAUGAAUGGGGAAACUUGGAAGCCAAGACAAGAUGAAUUUUCGAACCUUAAAUAGAGUAGCCCAAAUCUGGAACUGGAAACAGUGAAAUCGAUGGCUGAGGAAAACAGGGUGAUAUUACACGGAGCUUGGGCCAGCCCCUACGCUAAAGCGGUGGAACUCGCCCUCCGAGUCAAGGGCAUACCAUUCGACUACGUUGAGGAAGAUUUGAGGAACAAAAGCCCCCUUCUCCUAAGCUACAAUCCCGUCCACAAGAAGGUCCCCGUACUCGUCCACAACGGAAGACCCAUUUCCGAAUCACUCCUCAUCAUUCAGUACAUCGACGAAACCUGGAAGAACAAAGGCCCUUCUCUUCUUCCGAGCGAUCCCUACAAACGAGCUCAAAUUCGCUUCUGGGUCACCUUCCUACACCAACAGGUGUUUGAAGCGGUUCUGAGGGUUUUCAAGACGAGCGGAGAAGUGCAGGAGAGGGCGGUGGGGGAAGUGGGGGAGAGGCUGGGGCAGGUUGAGGAGGGGCUGAAGGAGCUGAUUUCGGAGGGGGAGGCGUUUGUGAAUGGGGACGAAUUGGGGGUUUUGGACAUAGUGAUGUGUUCGUUGCUUGGGGCGUACGAGCUUCAGCAGAAAGUGCUGGGAAUGACGCUGAUUGACAAGGAGAGGCACCCGUUGAUGGUGCGGUGGCUGAGUGCUAUGGCGGAGCAUCCGACGGUGAAGGAGGCAACCCCGCCGCCGGAGAAGACUCUGGGAUUGCUUCGGUUUCUCAGGCACAAAGCACUGGAACUGGAAUCUGCUGCCGCUUGACUUUCCCUUUCCUUCUCUCAAGGCUAUGAACAAAUUUGGGUUGUGCAUCUUUGUGUUGAACGGGCAAAUGAAAUAAUGUUCAAUGUGUGGGCUUCCUUUCGAUCUUUUGGAUUCUUCUAUGGUUGUCUAAAUUAUGGUUCUGUUUUGUUUUGUUUUGUGUAUUUGGAAUAAGCUUAAAAUUCCCACCCUUUUGCUUGCA